AUGGCCUCGCGCGCAUGGCGGUAUGUAAAUGUAUAUGUGUACUGUCUCCGCUCCUGUACACUGGCUCACCCCACGGCUGUGUACUGUCCCCGCUCCUGUACACUGGCUCACCCCACGGCUGUGUACUGUCCCCGCUCCUGUACACUGGCUCACCCCACGGCUGUGUACUGUCCCCGCUCCUGUACACUGGCUCACCCCACGGCUGUGUACUGUCCCCGCUCCUGUACACUGGCUCACCCCACGGCUGUGUACUGUCCCCGCUCCUGUACACUGGCUCACCCCACGGCUGUGUACUGUCCCCGCUCCUGUACACUGGCUCACCCCACGGCUGUGUACUGUCCCCGCUCCUGUACACUGGCUCACCCCACGGCUGUGUACUGUCCCCGCUCCUGUACACUGGCUCACCCCACGGCUGUGUACUGUCCCCGCUCCUGUACACUGGCUCACCCCACGGCUGUGUACUGUCCCCGCUCCUGUACACUGGCUCACCCCACGGCUGUGUACUGUCCCCGCUCCUGUACACUGGCUCACCCCACGGCUGUGUACUGUCCCCGCUCCUGUACACUGGCUCACCCCACGGCUGUGUACAGUCUCCACUCCUGUACACUGGCUCACCCCACGGCUGUGUACAGUCUCCACUCCUGUACACUGGCUCACCCCACGGCUGUGUACUGUCCCCGCUCCUGUACACUGGCUCACCCCACGGCUGUGUACUGUCCCCGCUCCUGUACACUGGCUCACCCCACGGCUGUGUACAGUCUCCACUCCUGUACACUGGCUCACCCCACGGCUGUGUACUGUCUCCGCUCCUGUACACUGGCUCACCCCACGGCUGUGUACUGUCCCCGCUCCUGUACACUGGCUCACCCCCACGGCUGUGUACUGUCUCCGCUCCUGUACACUGGCUCACCCCACGGCUGUGUACAGUCUCCACUCCUGUACACUGGCUCACCCCACGGCUGUGUACUGUCCCCGCUCCUGUACACUGGCUCACCCCACGGCUGUGUACAAGGUCCCUCUGAGGUCCUUCAGUGGUCUGGGUUCAGAGGUCCCUCUGAGGUCCUUCAUGGUCUGGCUUCAGAGGUCCCUCUGAGGUCUUCAUGGUCUGAUGGUUCAGAGGUCCCUCUGAGGCCCUUCAUGGUCCCUGGCUUCAGAGGGGUCCGCUCUCUGAGGUCCUUCAUGGUCUGGGUUCAGAGAGGUCCCUCUGAGUCCUUCCUGGGUUCAGAGGUCCCUCUGAGGUCCUUCAUGGUCUGGGUUCAGAGAGGUCCCUCUGAGGUCCUUCAUGGUCUGGGUUCAGAGGUCCCUCUGAGGUCCUUCAUCUCUGGGAGGUCCCUCUGGUCCUUCAUGGGUUCAGGUCUCAGAGGUCCCUCUGAGGUCCUUCAUGGUCUGGGUUCAGAGGUCCCUCUGAGGUCCUUCAUGGUCUGGGUCCCUCUGGUCUGGCUGGGUUCAGAGGUCCCUCUGAGGUCCUUCAUGGGCCUCAUGGCCGCUUCAGAGGUCCCUCUGAGGUCCUUCAUGGUCUGGGUUCAGAGGUCCCUCUGA